AUGUCUGAAGCUACGUCGCAGUUGGAACAGUUAGACCUGGAGUCGAAAUCCGACCACUCAAAGUCGGACUCGACCAGCUCUCUAUCGGACUCGACCAACUCUCAAUCGGACUCGUCGACUCUUGUUUAUAGCCAGGAGCCUUUUGAGACCUUCAAGCUGCGGGCUCUGAAGUUAUGUGAAGCCGUGCUGGGCGCUGCUGCCAGUGGCGAGGUUUCAAUCGAGCGCAUGCGCGGAGGAGGCUUCAACAGGGUCAUUGCCGUCUCGGUGGCCGGUCAUGAAGAUGGAAACCAAGAAUCCGUCGUCAAACAGUACAUCCUCCGCAUCCCACGGUUUGAGAUCCGGCAGAUAGUCGAUGAUCUUGCGCCCCUCCAAUUACUUCGGCAAGAAUCAACCAUCCAAAUCCCACAUGUCGUCAAAUUCGACGCAACCCAAUCCAAUGCCCUGGAACAACCAUACAUGAUCAUGAUGCGUAUUUCUGGUUCGCCUCUUUGGCCAGGCUACCCUGACCUGUCCCAGGAAUUGAAAUGCGCCAUUGCAAAAGACCUUGGCGCGGUCUACUUGCAGUUACAUUCGAUCAGAAGUGUUACAGCGGGCAGAAUCACCUCUUUGCCUUGUCCGGAAGAUCCAUCCAAGGACUCGUUGAGAAUCCAGCCCUUGGAUAGACCAGCAGCGACUGACUCAACCGUGCCGUAUGAGAAGGGACCUGCAGCACAGACGGUUUUUGACACAAUCCAUGCAAUUCUCCAACAUCAAAAAGACCUGGCUACUGCUAUGAAUCCAAGCGCAGCUUCAUUCAGAAUCGAGUUAUAUGAUCAGUUUCUGACCAUAGCAUCAGAGAUGGAUGCCCUGGGCAUUCUGGCUGAGAGUGGAAACUGUCUUUGCCACCGCGACUUGGAGCCUCGCAAUAUCAUGGCACAUGCGCAAGGCAUCAGUGGCAUCCUUGACUGGGACAGUGCAAUCUUUGCUCCGCUUGUGAUGUCUUGCGCUCCCCCAAUGUGGCUAUGGGCAUGGAAUGAGGAGGAUGAGGAGGAUGAGCGGCUUGCAGGAGACAUUCCCUCAGCGCCUGAAUCCCGCCAACUGAAAGAACUGUUUGAACAAGCGGCUGGCCCAACCUAUCUUCGGUUUGCGUACGGGGCUCAGUAUCGACUAGCUCGGACACUCAUUCACUUUGCUAUUGAUGGAAUACAGGUAGCUGAAGACUUGGAUAGAGCUGACCUGCUUCAGAGUGAGUGGGAUGAGGUACGAAAAUUGUUGGAAUCGGCAAAGGUUGCCAAAGAGGAUGAAUAG